GUGACGUCACUCCCCGUCUGUGCGUAACUGGCAAAUGUGGAGACCGAAGUGAGGGGUCCAAGGAGCUGGGACAGCGGGCACACGGCUCGGGACAGCCGGCAGCAUGGAGGACAAGACGGGGAACAAGAAGCAGCUGAGCCACAAGGAAGUGUCCAGACUGCAGGAAGAGCAAGGAAGGGUGGUCAGCGGCUGCCAAGAAAAGAUCCAGCACUGGAAGAAGGUGGAAAGCGACUAUGACGCGCUUCAAAAGCGACUCCACACGCUGCCGGACAAAUUGUCUUACGAGGUCAUGGUACCAUUUGGGCCACUUGCCUUCAUGCCUGGGAGACUAGUCCAGACAAACGAGAUUACAGUUUUACUCGGCGACAACUGGUUUGCCAAAUGCUCAGCGAAAGAAGCCUCGGCUCUGGUCGACCACAGGAAAAAACAUGUUAGGAAAGCACUGGACGAUUUGCAAGAAGUGUUAAGAAACUUCGAGUCCCGGGUGGAAUUCACCAAAGACCUGCAGAGAAUGAGCGGCGAAGACGGGGAUUAUUUUGAUAUUCGAGAAGAAGCCGGAGCGGAGACGGUAGUAACAAAAGGUAAACAGAGAACGGCGCACAAACCUCACUCUAAACCAAAGAUAGCAGACGCCCUCGACGCCGACCUUCAUGCAGGAGAGCGAGUUCUAGACAAUGCAGAGUUAUGGGCCAGGCUGGAGGAACUGGAGAAGGAAGAGGAACUUCAAGGAGAACUCAACGAGACGGAGGAGACAUUCAGGGUUAAGAGCGACUUGUGUUCCGAAGAAGACAAAGAGAAUCGGAAAACAGACCUCAAUGUGGAGGUCAAAGACUCGCAUACUCAGGGCAAACUUACAAAAGCAGAACGCGUACUGAGCAGCCAUCACAUCAACAGCUCAACGGCCCACCACAGCGACGACGACGAGGACCCUGGGAGCUGUAAAAACGCGGUGGCCACCAUACACUUCCAACAUACCGUGGAACCAAAAAGAGUCAGGAUAAACACUGGAAAAAAUACAACUUUGAAAUACAGUGAAAAGAAGGAGGAGGCCAAACGGAAACGGAAAAACAGCUCCGGAAACGGCCACGCCGCCCCAGAACUACCGGUCAUCAAGACACCAGCAGAUAUAUACAGGGCGUUUGUUGAUCUUGUAAAUGGGGAGUACGUACCCCGAAAAUCCAUCAUGAAGUCUCGGAGCCGAGAGAACAGCGUAUGUAGCGAUACCAGCGAGAGCAGCGCACCCGAGUUUGAGGAGCGGAGGUCCUACCAAAGGAACUGUAGCUUCGAUGAAAGCCCGUUCAGUGACCAUGGCGACAGCACCCAGGACCGCGACGACCGAGGGCAGAAGAAGCUGUCCCCUGUGUUCGGACCCUUGGAGGCUUUUUCGGGAACCGUGGUGGAAAAGGAGCCUUUCUCCUUCUCAGUACCGGUCACAAGCAUUGCCCACCCGGCACUGCCCACUAUCCCAGAGCGCAAUUCCGAAGAGCCGUCUUGUGACACCCCCGCCGAAAACACAAAACGGGUUUCCAAAUUCAAAGCCACCAGAAUACAACAGAAAAAAUAGCCCCUAACCUGGUUCUUAACAUUCUCGUUCUCUGGUACUGACAGGAGAAUGGAGGGCUGGACUUGGCCGCUCUGCUGGUGUUAAGGGGGUCUAUGCUGCAGGGUCUUCUUGUGUUUAAAAAGGUUAACCUGA